AUGCUCUGUACGAUGAUGAUACAUGCAUGUUCAGCAACGUGCGAUGAUGCUUUGGAUGUCGCUAAUUUGGUUGCCGUUGGCUGCAUCUUUUUGCAGCAAUUCUCGGCCCCGCCAAUGGUGGCAUGCAUCUCGAUAGCAAAAAACGUACGACAUUUCAACCAUGACAUGGCCAGACCGAAAGUGGCCUCGCCGCUUGCUCCGUGUCCGGGUUGCGUCCAGGGAUCCGGCUUUGCGUCUACGAAUUCGGCAUUAGUGCGGCAAUCCACCGGGAAUGCACAUUAG